AUGAAGGAUCUUCAUUCAACAGCUUUCCCUUCCCGUCACACCAGUCAAUGCGACUCCUGCGUUUUCCAGCACCAUUCUCUGCGCAGCCCAGACUUUAGCCAAGCCUUCAUUGGAGGCCAGAAAGGCUACCAGGCCUACCGGGACCUACCAUGGGAUCUUCAGAAAAUUCGUCAGUCACCUAUCAAAAUAAGGCAUCUUGAGCCCUGGAAAAUCGCUGUAAUCGUUAUUGGAGCAGCAGUGGCAGCAGCUAUCACCAUUGGUCUCCUAGUUUAUUUUCUGGCAUAUGAUCAGAAGCUGUUCUAUUACAGUGCCAAUGUAAAAAUCACCAACAUCCGGUACAAGAAUGAAUUUUCCAGACAAUCCUCAGGAAGAUUUAGAGACCUGAGCGAGAGGGUUGAGAGACUGAUCGACAAGACAUUUUACAAUUCCAUUUUAAGGAAAAAAUACAUCCGUUCACGCUUAAUCAGAGUGAGCCCAGAUACUGAUGGUGUGAUGGCAGAGGCUUUGCUCACAUUCUGGUUCUCCGCUACGGACUCUAGAGAAGCACUGCGGGAAAGAGUUGGGAAGAUCUUACGGAGGGGGCUGAAAAGAUACACAGGGCCUCUGAGGAUAAACGUCCGAUCUUCUUCCAUCUCAAAUGUGGAGCCAGUGAGAGCAGAAGCCAUCUUCAAUGACAUCUGUGGGUUACGGCAGAACAGAUCAGUCAAGUCCAUGGCAAAAUCCUCAUCGCUGCGGAUCGUUGGCGGAUUGUCCUCUGCAGAGACCGGGGACUGGCCGUGGCAGGCCAGUCUGCAGUACAACAACAUCCAUCGCUGUGGUGCAACACUCAUCAGCAACACGUGGCUGGUGUCUGCAGCCCACUGCUUCAGAGACAUGACUCACCCUCAAAAAUGGACUGCUACUUUUGGAGCUCUUUUGAAGCCCCCAAGCUUGAAGCGAUCAGUGAAGACAAUUAUCAUCCAUGAGAAGUACCUGUACCCAGAGCACGACUAUGACAUUGCGCUGGUGCAGCUCUCCAAACGAGUGGAGUUCACGAGCAGCAUACACCGCGUCUGUCUGCCAGAGCCAUCUCAGACCUUUCCCUACAAUACUUACGCUGUCAUCACAGGCUGGGGAGCUCUCACCAAUGAUGGUCCAGCCCCAAAUGCUCUUCAGGAGGCAACAGUGAAACUUAUUGACUCAGAUACUUGCAACAGAAAAGAAGUGUAUGAUGGGGACAUAACACCCAGGAUGUUGUGUGCGGGAUACUUGGAAGGAGGAGUAGAUGCUUGUCAGGGGGACUCUGGGGGACCACUGGUUACUCCAGACUCUAGACUGAUGUGGUACCUCGUGGGAAUAGUGAGCUGGGGAGAUGAAUGUGCCAAGCCAAAUAAACCUGGAGUUUACACACGAGUGACUUAUUUCCGUGACUGGAUUACCACAAAAACAGGCAUCUAAUUCCAAAGUAAAAAAUGGAUUUAACUACAUAGACUACAUGUAACUCAUAUUUGUCUCUAAUUCUGAAAGGUUAUUUUUUUAGUAAAUACAUUCCUAUGUAAUUUUUGUUGAAGCAAUCUUAGUCCACAGCAAGUGCUAUCUUUGCUGUCAGAGACACUAACCCCUUCUGAACUCAUGCUAAAUGUAUGAAAUUGUCUGCCUCAUCUUUGAGCUGUGAAACUUUCUCCCUUACCAGAAAUUAAGUACUGGCAUCAUUAAAAUUACAUUUAAAAGCUACCAAUUUACCUGCUUUAUAAAUGCAAACAUUUUCCAAUGGGAAAAAAAAAGAAAAACCAAAUUUUUCUUCAGCCAUGGGCAAGGUCUGCAGCUGAAUCUUCCUCCUCCAAUGAAGCAAAUGCUGUCACAGCUGUGUUUCUAGCAAAGUGGAUCCUUGAUGAUUAUUCUUCUUAGAGACUAUCAUCUGCACUAACAUCUGACUCCAGCAGAGAACCUGGAUGCUCACCUUGCUCUGUGGCCUUGGUAACUAAAAGUGCAUCAGCAGGACUGAGGUUUGGUCCUAGCUGAG